AACUGAUAAGAUUGCGCUAAAUCGCACCUAUUCGUCCUCUUUGUAGUUUCCACGCGCGUUCUCCGUGUUAGUGAACGAAACUGUGCAUAGUCUCACCCUUUAAAUGGACGGUUUUCGUGCUACCAAUUCUGCUCAAAAAGCAUGAGCGAAGCCCCUAACGAAGCGAAGGUCACCGACUAUUUGGAAGUAUUGAAAAGUAAAAGAGAUAAGAUUACUUACGCUGGAAAAUACAUGGAUCGUUACAAGGAUACUUUUCAUACGGAGGUGUCUCCCAGGCCAGUCAAUCGUCGUGAUUAUCGAGAUUCCCUUUCGAGAAGUUUCCUAAGGAAACGUGAAGAAGAAAGGAAACAGCAAAACGCGACGGUCGAUGAGGAUCCGAUAACACCUAAAAACAGUCCUAUUUCUGAUCGUAAAGUCGAUUCGGAAUUUAAACUUGAAACGUUGAGCAACCGUAUUGAAAAACUUUACGGGAAUAAUGUUGACAACAAUCAACAGAAUCAAAAGGGAAAAGUAAUAUCACCAUUGAUGGGAUAUCGGAAUAAAUUGCCACUGAGUCCGGGAAGUGAUUCUCGGAGAAUUGUUCCCGGGAAAAACAGUAACGCAACGAAUGAGUUGAACAAAAGCGAGAAUGAAUCACAAUUAACCGGUUACAAACCGAUAUCUGGAAACAAACCCCCUCAAAAAAUUAAGGACGUCGUCGAAAAAUCUUCACCCGGACUUUUAAAAAAAUUAAUGCAUAAAGAUGAAAUGAACAUUUACACAAUUAAUGAUAGAAAAGAUUUAAAACCAUCACCAAUGGCCGCAAGAAGAAUCGAUGUUAAUUUAGUUUUUCCAGACGAUACAAUGAACUCUCUUCAAAACGUUCAAAGUUACAUCAACCAUUGCGAAGCCGAAGCAAUCAAAGCUCGGAAUUUAGAAAAAUUUGAUAACAUGUUAAAGAAGGUAAAAAGUCCCGUAACACAACUUAAAGAAGAAAACGCUCCGAAAGAUAAAUCUCAGGACAUCACCAAGAAACCAUUAGAACACAUCCACGAACCGCUUAAGAGCUAUAAUGAAGUAGAAAAUCUUUUAAAGCCGGGAGUGAGCGACAUGCAAGCCGAAAAUAGUGUCCCAUUCGAUCGUUCAAAUAAAGCCAGAUGUAGUGCCGGUGGAGAAUCAGCUUAUCCAAAAAAACCUACAAAACUAUUAAGUCGAACAGCUUCUGAUGCACACGACAGACCCUCUGAAAAGAAAGAAACUACAAAGAGUAACCGUCGUAGAAACAUCGACGCAAAUCAGAGCGGAAACGAUGGAACGGUGGAGUCCAGUAUCAGAAUUAAUCAGUCAACCAGGAAUAGAAUACGAGCAGGCGAAGAGCCAACGAUCGGAAAGUACAAGUUGCUCAAAACGAUCGGAAAGGGUAAUUUUGCUAAAGUCAAAUUGGCAAGGCAUGUGCCUACCGGUAAAGAAGUCGCAAUCAAGAUCAUCGAUAAGACACAACUCAAUCCUGGAUCACUCCAAAAAUUAUUUAGAGAAGUAAGAAUAAUGAAAAUGCUAGACCAUCCGAACAUAGUAAAAUUAUUUCAAGUAAUUGAAACUGAAAAAACAUUGUACCUGGUCAUGGAGUAUGCUUCCGGUGGCGAAGUGUUCGAUUAUCUCGUACUUCAUGGUAGAAUGAAAGAAAAAGAAGCCAGAGCGAAAUUUAGGCAAAUAGUAUCCGCUGUCCAAUAUUGCCACCAAAAAAGAAUUAUUCACAGAGAUUUGAAGGCUGAAAAUUUGUUAUUAGACAGUGAAAUGAAUAUUAAAAUCGCCGACUUUGGUUUCUCUAACGAAUUCACCCCUGGAAAUAAAUUAGACACAUUUUGCGGAAGCCCUCCUUAUGCCGCCCCUGAAUUAUUUCAGGGAAAGAAAUAUGAUGGUCCAGAGGUAGAUGUCUGGUCAUUAGGUGUGAUAUUAUAUACAUUAGUAUCUGGUAGUUUGCCAUUUGAUGGUUCAACAUUGAGAGAGUUAAGAGAACGCGUGCUACGCGGAAAAUACCGUAUACCAUUCUAUAUGAGUACAGACUGUGAGAACCUGCUCAAGAAGUUCUUAGUUUUAAAUCCUGCAAAACGGGCCAGCCUAGAAACCAUAAUGAAAGAUAAAUGGAUGAACAUGGGUUAUGAAAAUGACGAACUAAAGCCCUACACAGAACCUGAACCGGAUAUGUCGGACCAUAAACGCAUAGAACAACUGGUAGGUCUAGGUUACAAUAGAAGCGAUAUAGAACACUCUCUGGAAUCCGCUAGAUACGACGACGUUUUCGCAACGUACCUUUUAUUGGGAAGAAAAAGCACAGAUCCUGAAAGUGAUGGUAGUCGUAGUGGAAGUAGUUUAUCAUUAAGAAAUAUGUCAGCACAGCAAAAUGCAGGAGCACCACAAGCGACAGCUCAGAGUCCAUCGCACAGAGGUGUCCAUAGAUCAAUAUCGGCCACAAAUGCAAAACCAAACAGAAGGGCAUCGAGCGGAGGAGAGACUUUACGUGCAGGACCCCAACCGCAAGUGGCCGUGCCCCAAACCAACAACCACCAGUCGGGUUUCAAAAGGCAGAAUACAGUCGAUAGCGCUACCAUCAAGGAAAAUAGACUGAUUACGCAGCGUCCGGCCAGCGCCCAACCUAAACCUGCCACCGAAAACAGUUUGCAAAGUCCAGGUAAGCCACGAACUGUAACUAAGAGCAACACGGUUACCACAAAACCUCUAACUUCAGGCGGCUCCGUCGGUAGACGCUCUACCGUUAGUUACGAACCGAAGAGUGGCAGCAACGAAAAGACCAAUCUAACCACGGAAACGCCCAGUGGUUUGGGUAGCACCGGAGACACCCUCAGACCCAACAAAGGUCACGUCAAAUCAGCUUCUGUUAGUAGUAGCGGAACUGAAAAUGCUACUGAUCCCCUUCGUUCUAGCGGUCAUACGAGUGCAUCUCCAGCGACAGCACGAACUCAAUACUUCCCGAGAAACGCGUCUUCGCGUAGCACUUUCCAUUCCGGACAGACGAGACCGAAACUCCUGUACCCACAAGGACAAUCGACCGGAGACUCACCGCACUCAACCAGAACGUCGUUCUUCUCUAAAAUAAGCUCCAAAUUCUCCAAAAGAGUGGCGGGAGCACAAAACGAUGAACACGUGAAACCCCGUUCGCUAAGGUUCACGUGGUCGAUGAAGACUACGUCCAGCAGAAAACCGACCGAAAUUAUGGCCGAAAUACGUAAAGUGCUGGACGCCAAUAAUUGCGAUUACGAACAACGGGAACGUUUCCUGUUAUUGUGCGUGCAUGGAGAUCCGAACACCGAUAGUCUCGUCCAAUGGGAAAUUGAAGUUUGCAAACUGCCAAGACUUUCCGUUAAUGGUGUACGAUUUAAGAGAAUUUCAGGUACUAGUAUUGGUUUCAAGAAUAUUGCCGGUAAGAUAGCUAAUGAACUAAAGCUGUGACUGCCCGUCAGCGGGCCCGAUGUAUCGACCACCGAGCCAGCGCAAUGAAAGAUGGACAAAACGUGAUGUAGAGAUUUCAAACUCAGUGCUUUUUCAACUAUUAAUCCAAUUCGUUUUUUAUUCUACGACUCCAUUUCAACGACAACUUCAACAAUAAUAACUUUGUUCGUUUAUUUCCAUCUUAUGAUAAGGCGUUUGUUGUUAAGUAGUAAUAUCUAAUUGUUUUAUAACACAGAUACACAAGUUAAAAAAAUCCAAAAACAAUCUUAACUAAAUAAUAAAAUAUAUAGGGAUUUUUUAAUUGAAAGAUCUUGUGAUACACGAGAUUGAAAUCUCUACAUUUAAUAAUUAAAAGAACUCUACGAAAUAAAAAAUAAUAAAUAAAUAAUUAAAAAUCAAAUGAAAAACACAUACAGACUUAUUUAAAAAUUCGUUAAAUACGCAGUAAUAAGUUUUUAAUUGAAAAAGAUCUCCGAUUUUGAUUUAAAAAGAAAAUUGUUCUCGAAAAUGUUUCUACUUGGCAUUUUUUCUCUUUUAUAAGGUUACCACGUGCUAAACUAAAAAUUAAAUUAAAAACGUAACAUAAACGGUGUUUGUUAUUUCGUUGGCAAAUUUGGUGCAAUAUGCCAAUUUUUUGAAAAUUUGACUGCACACACUUAAUUAUUAAAUUUUCUUACAACUGACCAAAAAAGAAAAACAUGGAACACUAUCAAAUAACUAUUAUUAAAAAAAAAAAGGUAUUUUUUAUUUAAAAUUAUAGUUGAACUAAUUAAUAGUGUAAAAUUUACACGUAAAAUCGUAAUUUAAAGAAAAAAUAAUUAUAAAAAAAAUCUGGAAUGUAAAAUAUUUUUUUUUUAACUUUGUUAAGUUCAACGUCUCGUUUAUUGUUUUUUUUAAAGGAAAAGAAAAUACCAGAUCUCGUAGAGAUUGCCUAGUAAACGUGUAUAUUUAUUGGCUUAUACGUCAUAUACUCACUCUGUAUAUAACUAUAUAUAGGAUAAAAAAUGAAUCAAUUAUUUAAUAUUAAUAUAUUAGUCUCAAUCUCGAAUAAUCUAACACAAACCAACUUUUUUAUAUUUUCUCUUAUUUCGUUUCAUUAAAAAAAAUAAAUGUUUGUUUUGUUUUAAUCAAAAAUUAUUAAUUUUGAGUUGAGAAUUAAUUAGUUAUGAAUAAAUUACUAUUAUUAAUAAUUUCGUUGUAAGUAUUUAAGAAAUGGUGUAAAUUUAGCUUAUUUUAAUACAAAUAAAUAUGCUUUUUCAAACAUUAAAAAAAGAAUAAAGAAAACUUGUAUAUAAAACAAUAUAAAUGGAUUUGGUAUGAAUGAUUAUAAGAAUGAAUGUGAAAAGUACGUUUUACAUUAGGGUACUAUUAUUAUUAAAUUAUGCAACAUGUUCGCGUACAUUUAAUUGUAGUCGUGAACGUGGCUUAGAAUUCAAUAAUUAAAUAAGGAAAUAAAGAUCUGAUCAUGAGUGUACUUAGGCUUUCACCACAUUAUUAAUAACGAUUGAUGAUGAUGAUGAUUCAAAGAUAAGAAAUGUUACUAUUUUGGACAUGGCACACGAUAUAUUUCAUUAUUUAAUCACUAUUUCGAGCUUUUCGUACUAGUAGUAAUAAUUGAUGGUUUUUUGUCGUUUUAAUACAAACUUUACAAAAAAAAAUAAAUAGAGGCGAAUAUGUGUGUUCCAUGGCGCAAAAUAGAGCGGAUUUCGAUUCGAUCAAUUUGUUAUAAUGUAGUAUUGUAUUUCGAAAUAUAUGAUUACCUGUUAGGAACGACAGCUUUAGGGUAGUAGCGCUGUAAAGAGCAAUGAUGCUUUCCAUUUAAAAUAAAAAAAAUAAAUCUACAAUACUUUCACAGGGGGAUGGGCACUUUAUGUUAGUUUAAGCUAUUGAUCAUUUAUAAUAAAAGAAAAAUAAAUUUGUCAAAUAUUUA